AUGAUGGCGUACUAUCUCUGUCAGUCACGGAUUCAAAACAAACUUGCCUCAUCACCUAAAGUAACCAUUAAUAAGAACAAAUUAAAAGCAAACGACCUUAUUACAGUCUUCUCAAAUAUAUCUUCUAUCAAGGAUAAACUCCAGUGUAUUCUUGUAUGUAAAAAAUGGUACAAGCUUAUGACCGAAAACUAUCUAUACAAGCAGCUUAAUUUUUGCGACAACAACAACUUUAACAAGGCUCUUGAUCUAUUUGACAGAAAACCAAAAUUUGGGAACCAUGUUGAAAGUCUUACUAUCCAAAGCUGCGAAAUUGAUAUUGUAACUAUGUUUUUGUUGUCAAGACAGUUCCCCAAUACAAAGCACUUAUACUGGACGGAAGAUAUUCGGACAACAGAAGAAAGAAUUAAAAAUGAUGAUAUAUCAAUCAAGAAUCCCCCUCAUCCACUCAUUUAUCGGCGUGAACUUAGAAAAUGGAACCAGCUGAAAACUAUCAAUAUCAGAAUGGAAAGACUUCCUUUUUUGACAAUGUUGCUUGAAUCGUCGUCACUAAACAGUUUGACUACUGUCGAAAUUUCCUUUGCGUCAUUGCAUGUAGACAAUUAUUUUGGCAGCCAAACAACAAUAAAACUCCGUCCAAUUGUUAAAUCUCUCAUCGACAACAUUAAAAACGCUCCUUCUCUUGACCGUUUAGUUAUGAUAUGUCCUGUUUUAGAUUUAUCUGAUAUGGAGGAGCUACAUGCUAAUACAACCAAAUUAAAGACAUUACACUUAAACUAUAUUGCUAUUUCUGGUGGUUCCACGGACAAUUGGUUGAUCAGCACAGACAAUGAGUCGAUUUUAGACAACAAUGGCAAGGUAGUUACAUCGAAUACAGCAAACACAGUUGCAGAGCUCUCCAUAGUUUUCUAUCAUGACAUUUCAGGAAUACAUGACUUACAGAAUGAUUUAAAAGAUACAAUGACAAAAUGGCUCGUCUAUAUAGGGUGCAAAUAUAAUGGUGCUGCAAUCAAUCUAAAAGGAUUUGGAAACCAAUACUUGUCUGAAAUAAGCGAAUUUCAUAAACCACUUCUUACUAUGAUUAAAAAAGAGUUAAAUACCACAGAAUACCAUGCUUUUCUUCACCCCAUUACAAUACAAAUGAUGGAUGCACUAGAUGCCAGAGAAUUUGAACUAAAAACAUUAUAUCUUUAUACAAAUACGUUAACAUCUCUUCGAAUGCAGUUGAACAUUGUAAAAGUGUCAAGACAAGCAAAAACUAUAUGUCACUUGAAGAUUAAUUCAAAGAGUGGUGUCAUUGGCAAGCACAGCUCAAUUUUAGAUUCCAUCGUUUUUGGGUUAUCUUUACAUUUUGAAUCUUUGUACAAUUUGGAUAUCACCUGUACUAUUUUUCAGAGUACACUUAUCAAAUUGCUUCAAAAGCUACCUUCACUUCAAGUCUUAUCUUUGGAUUCCGUCCAUUUUAAUGGAGAAGAAAACGUAGCCAUGGUUUCUAUCAUCAGAAGUAAAAUCCAAAAGUUGUAUCUCACUUUGAAUUGCGAAAUAAAUUCAACCAUGCAACAGCUGAAUCAAGUCAUGGAGUUUGUGAUUCAGUCAUGUCCUCUACUCGUUGAAUUUUCUUUAAGCGGAAGUAUACUACUAUCCGAAAUUAGGAGUUUAAGACUAUGUUUCUUUUAUCAUGAAGAUUUGAAGACGAUCGAAAUUAAUAUCAAAGGAGUUCACUACUAUGUUUUUUCAUGGGAAGACGGGAAGCAAGGUCAUCAAUGGAAAGAUUACAAUGAACUAGCAGAGAAGUGGGAUCCGACCUGGAAAAAAUUGCAUGUUGAUAUAGCGUGGAGAAACAAAGAUGCCCAACUCAUCUUGGCAAAGGCACCAGUAGUAGAAAACUAA